AAACUAGGAUAUGCUGGGAAUACAGAACCACAGUUUAUCAUCCCUUCCUGUAUUGCUAUUAAGGAAUCAGCAAAAGUGGGUGACCAAGCUCAAAGGAGGGUGAUGAAAGGUGUUGAUGAUUUAGAUUUCUUCAUUGGUGAUGAAGCAAUAGAAAAGCCUACAUAUGCCACAAAGUGGCCAAUCCGCCAUGGUAUAGUUGAAGAUUGGGACUUGAUGGAAAGGUUUAUGGAGCAAGUAAUCUUUAAAUACUUGAGAGCAGAACCUGAAGAUCAUUAUUUCCUUUUGACUGAACCUCCACUGAAUACUCCAGAAAACAGGGAAUAUACUGCUGAAAUAAUGUUCGAAUCAUUCAAUGUACCAGGCUUAUAUAUUGCUGUGCAGGCUGUUCUUGCACUCGCUGCAUCCUGGACCUCUAGACAAGUAGGAGAACGGACAUUGACCGGUACUGUAAUAGACAGUGGAGAUGGGGUCACACACGUCAUUCCUGUGGCCAAACAAAUGUCAUUUCUUUUUGGUAGUUGUCUAGAACCAUCAAUUAAGAGGCUUAAUUGUGUCACCAAGGUUUCAGUGAGUGUUGGAUAUAUCCACAUAACAUAUUUUAUUCAGCAGCUGCUGAGAGACCGAGAAGUAGGAAUCCCUCCAGAGCAAUCUUUGGAAACUGCUAAGGCAGUAAAGGAGCGCUAUAGUUAUGUCUGCCCAGAUUUAGUAAAAGAAUUUAAUAAGUAUGACACAGAUGGAUCAAAGUGGAUUAAACAGUAUACGGGAAUCAAUGCUAUCUCAAAGAAAGAGUUUUCCAUUGAUGUUGGUUAUGAAAGAUUCUUGGGACCUGAAAUCUUUUUUCAUCCAGAGUUUGCUAAUCCAGAUUUCACACAGCCUAUCUCAGAAGUUGUAGAUGAAGUAAUUCAGAAUUGUCCUAUUGAUGUCAGACGUCCUCUCUACAAGAAUAUUGUCCUCUCUGGAGGCUCAACUAUGUUCAGGGACUUUGGACGUCGCUUGCAAAGAGAUUUGAAAAGAACUGUUGAUGCCAGACUGAAAUUAAGUGAAGAAUUGAGUGGCGGUAGAUUGAAGCCAAAGCCUAUUGAUGUACAAGUCAUUACACACCACAUGCAGCGAUAUGCAGUUUGGUUUGGAGGUUCAAUGCUGGCUUCCACGCCUGAGUUCUACCAAGUAUGCCACACCAAAAAGGAUUAUGAAGAAAUUGGACCUAGCAUCUGUCGUCACAACCCAGUGUUUGGAGUCAUUGAGAAGAUCCUUGAUGGCAGAGACUAUCGAUUUAUCACCGCAGCCAUGAUCAUUAUUGUGGUGACAUGUGUACAGGCGUCGCUGAGGGCCCAGUUAAAUACUAGAAGACAAGGGCGGGUAAUCCUGUGGCGGCAGCUCCGUGCCUGUCUCUCAGGGCGAAUAGUCCUGCGGCUGGCAACAAUGCGAGUCUGCACUCGUGGUCCCUGA